UCUACGGAAUAGCUGCCCCAUAGCAUAUGUCAAUGGUGACUCUCGCUUGCCUUUACUAAACUAGUCAAGCAUGGCUUCUACGAAGUUUUCCGACUCUUUCUUUCUUGCGGCUAGAGCUGAAAUUGAAUCGCUAGAUCUUCACCAUGAAAUUGUUGAUGAAUUAGUGGGCGUGCUCCGCUUAGAGCAAGAGCACAUUGGUCAUCAGAGCUUCUCAGAUGGCGAAAUCUACCUUAAGAUUGUGGAAGCCAAAAUUUUCGGGUUGGAAAAGUAUAUUCAAAUUUGGCAAGCACGCCUCUCGUCUCGCAAACAGACUAGCCUUAAGAGCCUUCUAGGCCGCAAAAAAAUAUCAGACGCCUUUAACGAGCUUCGUGUUUUCCCAGGCUUGUGGAAAGGACUUGAGUUAGGGAAUAUUUCGGAUCUCCUCGCUCUUCACUGUGACGAGGAAAUAAUCCACUAUCUCCGACAUAUCAAGUCUGUCUGGGAUAAAAUAACUCAAGGGAAAGAUGCCCUCAAAAGAGCCGUAUGCCCUGAGACUGUUCAGUUUCUGCAGCUGCGCGCCCCUGCAGCCAGCACGGCUGAUCGGAAAUCUAUCAUCCACGCUAUACGGUAUGGUACGAUAUUCCAAAGCGUGCCGGAAAAUGACAAGCGAGCAAUCACAAGGACGUUGCUGAACCUUACUGUCAUUAUACCAACGAUCAAAACACUACAUGAGAACCAAAAGCUCAUUGAAAUAGGGGUGAAGAUCUUGAAAGAUACUUUUCUUUUUGAUAAAGGGCCACGAACCACCAUCCGCCAAGCACUUCGAGAGGAAUGGACGCCACCUAGAGACAUGAGAAUAGAGAUUAACGAGGGCCAGUUCCUCUCAUUACACAAUCUCAGGUCAUCAGUUCGGUGGGAACUCACUUAUCAGCAAAUUUGGCUCUUUAUUCUGCGACAUUUCCCUGGUCUUAGUGGUAAUGCUCCGCGACUAGACUCAAGAAAGAACAAAUUGGAAAGUUGCUGCGUUAGAAACUCUGCCACCAGGCGGAGAUUUUCUCAGUUUACUGCCCACCUAGGAAUUGACAAAUCAAAGGUGAACACUGAAAUUAGUGCAAAAUGCACCCAUAGUGUAAGUGUCCAUCGCGCUGCCACAGAAUCAUCAGCCGAUGGCGAAAUACGGGACCGGCGAUGCGGACGACCAUUCUACAGCUCAUACAUGCGAUACAAGAACGAGCUUUACUUGCCUACGCUAGCUAAGACCUUGACUCGCAGCUAUAAUGAACUACCAACUUCGACAUAUGUGCUUAGAGACUUCAUGCUCAGCUUCUUUGGGCCAACUAGCAUAUCAGUCCGCCCUAACGAGAAACCACUAAAGCACUCUAUCUUUAUAAGCGACGACGACACUCUAAGUGAGUCGAUCACUAGUUCAAGGGUCUCUAGCGAUGACGACGACGCUGUUGAGGAAUCGGCUGGCCUUCAGACCAUCAACGAUGACGACUUAUUACCUUACUUCAAUAACGAAGAAGGAUUAGAAGAUGAAGCAACUUCCAGACAACGCUCUCCACCGCAGUCAAGCGUUGAAGUUACCCACAAAAAAUUGCCCGAGAUACAUCCGGAGAUAUUCCAGCAAAAACCAGUAUCCCAGCCGGACAACACUCUUGGUGAUGCCCUAGGAAGUCCGAUUCCGCUUAACGCUAUUCAGGGAGAUUUAUCGCACCAGCGUCUGAACGCUGAAUACCAAUAUUUAGGUGCAUCUGGAGUAGAGGACGAAGCUGAGGUGCCAAUGAUGAGCGGCGCUCUCAUCAAAAUCUCCCAACCGGCCUCUGUUGUUGGAACAGAUCGGGAUGGCGAUCAUAUCAUGACAGAAAAUAGCCAACUUGCUCUAGGAGAGAGUUUAAAGCAUAAUUCUCGGCUUUACAGCUAUAGAACUAGUGGGCUAUUGCCAAACCGUGAGAGGCCUCGCUCUCCGAUAUCACAGGGCCUACUAGUGGAUGCUCGCAGCGACGGCUUUAGGAACAGCAUUAAUGAGUCUCAAGCACUCAUGAUAACAGAAGGUCAACCCUCUCAAAAUAAUUCUCGGCUUAUUUUUCAAAGCCCCUCUCAGGAUAAUUCUCAGCCUAUUCUUUCAAAUAGGCUAUUACCAAACCGGGUGAGGGCUCGCUCUCCAAUUCUACAGGGCGCACCAGAAGGCCCACCUACUCAACCUACAGAAAUCGAGAAGUUAGAUAGGCUGGUUAGCGUUAAUCAGUCCGAAGUACUCAUGAUAACAGAAGGUGAACCUUCUCAGAAUAGUUCUCAGCCUCCAAGCCCCUCAGUUACAGAAAUUGGGUUAGAUGGGCCGUUUAGGGUCGUUAGUGGGCUAUUACCAGACCGGGAGAGGGCUCGCUCUCCAAUUCUACAAGGCGCACCAGACUUUAUCAACAGCAUCAAUCAGCCCAGAGUACUCAGGAUAACAGAGGGUGAACCUUCUCAGAAUAAUUCUCAGCUCAUUCUUUCAAGUACCUCAGUUACAGACAUUGGGUUAGAUGGACCGCUUAGGGUUGCAAGUGAGCUAUUACCAAACCGGGAGAGGGCUCGCUCUCCGAUUCCACAGGGCGCACCGGACUUUAGCAACAACUUCAAUCAGCCCCAAGCACCCAUGAGAGCAGAAAGUCAACCUACUCAAGAAGAGAGCUCAAUUAAUAACUCACGGCUUAUUCUUCCCAGUCUCUCUGCAGAUAUCGAGAUGCUAGAUAGGCCGGUUAGCGUUCUAAGUGGGCUAUUACCAAACCGGGAGAGAGCUCGCUCCCCGAUUCCACAAAGCGCACUCGACUUUAGCAACAUCUUUAAUCAGCCCGAAGCACUAAUACUACUGAAUGCGGGUAACACAGCCCGCAUUCAUCACAAGGUGCCCAAAAUAGUGCAUACAAUGCAGAAGCGCUUCCAACGGAGGCGCUCGUUGCUUAACAGAAACAUCUCUCAACAAGAUCAGAGCAUUUCAGGCACAAGAAAUGAGAACAGGCUUGCGGUCGUUAUAAACAAUUCAGUUAUGCAGCCUUUCGAGAGCGCAGCUAUUAAUAGUCAUGGGGCGUCGCCAUCGCCAUCUCUCGUCGAAACCUCUCUCUAUCAUCAGACAGAUGCGGAGCUAGAGCCUGUCGUGCCAGGGCGCGAAGUCGCUAUAAAAAGAUCGAUAUCCAUAUUUGAGUACAAUGGAAACCAGUUGAGGUCAAUGACGAUCCGCAAUGCCGCUUUGCUAGACGAAUACUUAUUAAAACGCAAAAAUAAUUGGAUAAUGUUUGGUGGCUCCUCUAUUUCAAAACCGUACAUUAUCAAGCCAAAAGAUAGAUUGAUGAUGAUUCACCGAAAAGAAGGAUGGAAAUUUGUUUUUGUACGUGAGCAACAUAGAAUACUUUGGAUGGAUAAAGGCAGUGAGCUUAUGGCGAAACGACUUGGGAAUGACAGUCCGAGGAUUCCAGUUCGUGCGCAGCAAGUCCUCGAUGAAACAUUCGAGUCUGAGCCUGCAACCACCUCUCAAAUCCAGGGCGAAGCGGAACUGUUUGCUGCAUCGGAUCGUGAGGAUGAGGCUGUAAAAAAGCUAGAGACAAGACAGAAAGAGCAAGUGGUAGCUCAAAGGGCUCAACAGGAGCAAGAGGCAGCCCAGAAAGCUCAGCAAGAGCAAGAGGCAGCCCAGAAAGCUCAGCAAGAGCAAGAAGCAGCUCAGACGGCUCAGCAAGAGGCAGGUCAGACAGCUCAGCGACAGCAAGAAGCAUCCCAGAUAGCUCUGCAAGAGGCGGCUCAGAGGGCUCAGCAAGAAGCAGCUCAGCAAGAAGCGGCCCAGAUAGCUCAGCAAGAGGCAGCUCAGACAGCUCAGCGAGAGCAAGAAGCAGCCCAGAUAGCUCUGCAAGAGGCAGCUCAGAGGGCUCAGCAAGAAGCAGCUCAGACAGCUCAGCGAGAGCAAGAAGCAGCCCAGAUAGCUCAGCAAGAUGCAGCUCAGAAAGCUCAGCAAGACGCAGCUCAGAAAGCUCGGAGGGCUCAGGAAGAAGCAGCUCAGAAAGCUCAGCAAGAGCAAGAAGCAGCAAGAAAUUACAAGCUUAAUUUGCCUAUUCCACAUGUCUUUGAUAAAUCUCACUUAUCUGAAAUUGAGAAAUGCAAUGAAGAGGAUCGCAAGUUCUGGAUAAACAUAUAUGGAGCUGCAGUAAGCUGCCAAAAAACUCAAGCCAAAAUACUCCAAACACUUAAUACAGAAGAAAUGGAGAGACAGAAAGACAUUAGAGCAUUUAAGACAGCUCCUGAGCAGCUUCUUAAUGGUCCUACAAAGUCUACUAGAGAAUUACGUUUACAGUUCAACGAGCAAGGGGCUAGACUACAGGAGAUCAACAUUGCCAUUACUUCAACAAAUCUUAACGCAGAUCGAAAUGAAUUCUUUGGACAAGUCCAUACACACAGCUUAGUGGAGCCAAAGCUAAACAACCAAGUCGACUUUAAGUUAAUGGUAACUCAAAAUCGUGAACUACAGAGAUUACUAGCAGAACCAUACUAUAAAGCCUCUCAACUCCAACACUACCACCGCAAUUAUAUGAAGGCUAUAAAGGCAGGUAGACAUGAUAAGUCUAUUGAGACUAGAAUUCUUACUAGCUUAGAUGAUAUUAACUACGUUAUUAACUUUAUUGUCCUAGGGGAAUUUACAGAGGUUAUGGCAGCAGACCAAAAAAGGGAGGAGAAAGAGUUAAAAAGGAGCCAAAAUGGAAGGAUCAGCAAAGAGCAAAAGAAGGAUCUUAACCAAAAGUAUAAGUUAGCAGAGGAAAAACUCAAGACUGCUUGCUUAGUAUAUGUUCCUAAUGAAGGAGUGUACGAUUAUACACUAUCAGAUUUUUCACUAGAGGGGGAAGAAGAUUCUGACACUGAUUCACUUAUGUCAGGUAUAAACGAUAAAGUUCAUAUCGAGCAGCCUGGAGAUGGUGUAGACGGCCAAUCCGAAAAGAAAAAGCUACCAGAUCAGGUUUUUGAGAUUCGGUCUAGAAUGGGUGGUCGCGAUGGACCUCUAUUCACCCUUGUCCAGGCUAAAUUAAAAGGGCUAGAUACUAGCAAGGCAUAUGAAGAGCUAAAGAUUUUAGCAGGCAAGGUCGAUGAAUACUGCGAUACAAACAAAAUUGACCCAGCAACCUAUGCGUUAGACGACACCCAAAUUGACGCUUUCUGUGGCAUGGUAAAGGACGUUCAAACUGCCUUAGACAUGCUAAAGGCUGACCUCAAUAACAACAACACCCAGAAUGAGUAUAAACAGUUGAGAAUUCGUGCUGAGCUUUUCAUACAAGAACACCAGUGGCCAGAGACGUUUCUAGAUACGUUUGUCCCAACUGAGAAUGAGAUUGUAAGUCUAGUACAGGACGAGAUUAAGAGAGUAGCGCAGAAGGAGCAGGAGGCAGCUCAAACGGCUCAGAAAGAGCAAGAGGCAUCUCAGAAAGCUCAGCGAGAGAGAGAAGCAGCGAGAAAUUCCAAGCUCCAAGAGCAGCAACCAUCUGCUAGAAAACAAACGGAUCUACUUAAUAAGGGCCAAGAAAAUCACCAAGCUCACCCACCUAACAUACAGGAACGAGCCGAAAAACCUGCUCUUCCGGAGAACCACACGGCGCAAGACAGCUACACAACUGAAGGCAACGCUGAGAAUCCGGAAGGCAACCAGGCUCGGACAGAAGCGGGCGACCAACCAGCUAGGACAACCUUUGAGCCCCAACCCAAGCAAUCGGAUCCAGUGGCUAAAGAUAAAGCAACGGUACGAACUGCAACAGAAUUCGAGCCAGACGGCAGCGGUGCAGAAGACUUGACAACUGAGGAUAAGCGGGCGUUGAAGCGUUCGGCCCGGAAGGCAAAAAAACUAGAGAGGGAACAAGAAAAGAGGGCGCUUUUUCUAAGCGAGUAUAAGCCUAUGGUGCAGAAAAGAUCGUUUGGUGAGAUGAAGAAGGGAGGUGGUGUAGCGGCUUGGAAUUAUAGUGGAGGGAGAGAAGACAAGGAGCAAAGUACGAAGCGAUCACUCAAUGAGCUGAGAACGAAUGACCUACCACAAGAGAAUUAUGACGGGGACGCAGAGGAACCCACAGGAGAGCAAGAGGCAGCUCAGAAGGCUCAAGGAGAGCAAGAGGCAGCUCAGCGAGAGAAAGAAGCAGCUUGA